GUCUGAUCUACCAGCACUUUACUCACGAUUCCCCGGUCUACAAACCACUGCCUUAAGAUGGGAGAUAUAACACUAGAACACCAAAUGUGCAUUCAUGCGCCAUAUCAUGCCUUUACUCUUCAGGAACCUCCUAACGGAGCUAACAUAUGUGGAAUGACGAAGGAAGAAUUGGUGAAGAUUUUGCGUAAGAAGAGAAGUCCUUACAGAAAAUUGCAGGAGUUUCAUAGCUGGGGAUACGCUCAUUGGGGCCAUAAUCUUCGCUUCAAGGAUGUGAGAAUUUCGAUGUUGCUCAGGAUAAUUUUUAACCAAGACCCUAAACACCAACCCCGCUCCUGGUAUGAAUUGAAUGACUUCACAAGAGACGCGGGGCCUCGACUGCUGAAACCUGCAGUUGUUACAGGAGAAUUCCUUCCUAUCAGUUGGCAUUACCCUGAUCCCCCGGAGCGAGCAGCACAGGUGGAGCCAAGCUUUGCUAGACCAAUUGAUGCUCCCCCAAGCAUAUCGGAUGCCUAUCUGGAGAGAAUGGCGUUACCUGCAAUGAGAGAACAGCAAAUCAGCGAACAGGCUUCUGCCUAUGAAAAUGAAAGACAACAGGCAGAAGCUUCUCACCAUCUUGAGGCUCUGGGACCGAAAGAACGUGUUUCUCAGACUAACAACGAUCUUGGGUCUGAUCAUUUAGAAGCACAGUUCAUCAGCAUAAACCCUCUGCAAGAUAAUCUUGGCAUAUCGAUUCAAGGAAAUGAAUAUAGCCCUGAUGUUUACAGUGCAGGACAUCUUCAUGUCCGUGGUCCUGAGAACCCCCCAGCUGGGAGCCAAUCUUUCCCAGGGCCAAACAUCGAACUCCCUGCGAAGCACACCACAAUAGCCCCUAGAAAGCGCAGAAUUACCGCUGGUAUUAUGAAUAUGACAGAAAAUGCGCCGAUAGCCGAGGCUGAAUCAUUCGCAGGACCAAGCGCCGAACACCCUGGGAUGCGUAUCACAAUGCCUCAAGGAAAGAGCGGAAUUGCUGGUGAAAAAAUGAGAAUGACAGAAAGUGCACCGAUCGCCGAAGACUCUGAUAUGGAAGAUGACCGAGCUGAUGGCCGAUCGUCUGCAGGACCAAGUAUUGAACCCCCUGCGAAACGUAUCACAAUGGCCCCUAGAAUGAGCAGAGCCGCCAAUGACUAUGACAUGAGGGGUGAAAAUCGAGGUGAAAUUCAUCGCAAUGCUAGAGUGCCGGCGGUUGAUAGAGAAGCACACCUGCCAAUUGCUGAGGAGAUAGAGCGUGUUCUUAUGAGAUCCGCUUAUUCCGAACUCGAACGCCAUCCCACUGCCGCUUCGCUAGAAGCAGCACGGCCACACUUUACUGCCACGGAGGAGAGUGCCUUGAGAAUUGCCAUCUGUGGCUUAUUCCCGAUAACAUCCCAGGUAAAGCUUGCCCAAGACCCCAAGGCAACAUACAACCUACGCUUAGCUACUGAUGGCUAUACCUACCCCUACAGAGGGCGAGGCCCUGAGUGGUGCAACUUCUCAAGUGCUGUGGACUGUGCUAUUGUGGCAGGCCGACUGCUGGAUGCUGGGUCCACCAACAUCGACCGCAAGCGGCAGGGUUGGCAGGACCGUUUCACAGACGUCGAGAAAGCCUUCAUCGAGGCGACAGAUGUAAACUGGGAUGUAUUGAUCUCUGAGGAGAGUGUCUCACAUAGAGACCGCUUCCUCCAUUUCUUACUACCUGAUCCAUCUGCUGAUGCUCAGCAAGAAAGUAUUGAGACUCUUCGGGAUAUCUGGAAUACAUGUACGCAGAAUUUCGACCAAUUCCGCCUUACGUACACUGAGACUAGGAGUCCCUGCAAGUGUGAUGCAAGUGAGGUGACCAAGGUCAGUUGUGAAAGCACUUCUGUGAGACCUUGUGGGCCGCCAAGCGGUCACGAGAACAUGGAAAUGCAGGAUGUACUUUCUCGUGAUUUUUCCCGUCAGCGCUACAGACGUUGUGAAUGGUGUGGUAAGAAUCUGGUGGCCUACAGCAGGAGAUAUCAAAAGCUUCCAUUGCGUCUAGCAGUGGAGCUUCCCCCUGGUAUCUUUGUCCACUCCCAUACACAGGACCUUACCUUUACCUAUCGCGAUGAACAGGAAAGACAGUACAAGGUCACAUACCGCUGGUUAGGAGGGAUCUACUGUGAUGACAGCCAGAUGCGUCUCUUCUGGACCGAUGCCAAACGCGGGGAGCAUGACAACACAGGCUCACUCCGCAUGUAUGACAGUCGUGAAAUUUCCGGACUCAUCGUUGGUGGCAUAGCCCCAGCCGACUUAACAGACAGAGUGCCAGAGAAGUACUGGAGAGGCAAGCAGGUACCAUUACUCUUCUAUGAACGGAUCAUGAACCCUGACACUGAGGACUUCCGUGUGGCCUUGAGCGCGGUCAACAACAUGCUGCAAUACAUCGAACAGGGUGACCUUAUCCUUCAGCAGAACCCAGGAUGGGCCCCGUCCGGACGCCCUAGGGGUCAGGACGUGUAUCCAUGGGGACCAAUAUUAAAUCCACCUGGGAAAAAUUUCUCUCUUCUGACCCGCCGCCGCACGAACCCAGCCCCAUCCACCAGGAUUCGAACCCCAGUUCAAGAGCAACCGACUGGAAUGCAUGCCCCUUUCAGCAUCCCAAACAGAGUGCCAGCGCUAGCAGGGUCUGCAUUUCCACCCAUGGCACAGUUUCUUGCUUCGAACACGAUGAUGGACACAACGGAUGUAAUGAUGACUUCUCCAUCUAAUCUGACAAAUCCCAUACGGGGACCCCAGUCACCCAGGCCAGCUCCAUUCUUGCACGCGGAUUAUACCAACACUCCCCAGGUUCCUGGGCCGAAUAGUGCACCUUCAGCAUCCGGUACUUUCCCUUCCUACCUUAGUACCCCUGAGUUUUCUCCUUUCGGUGUUGGUGGCCUCGACCACAGCCCCUUUUACGGCCAAUAUCCUACCGCCAUGGAUACGCAACAGGUGAGCCCAGUUCACUCGGCGCAGAGAAUAAACAGAAGCAACAUUAUGAGCGCUUUCAAUGAAAAUGCUUUCAAUGCAAAUGCUUAUGAUGCAAAUGCUUGCCAUUUUUCCACUACUUCGACGCCGACAAGACCGUGGAGAUAUUAGCGGGUGACGCUGUAAUGCCUGAUAUCCACAGGGACUGCUACCACCAUCGCCGGAUUGAAUAGGAGGCCGAGAGGGCUUGGUAAGAUGGUCCAUUCAAAGAAGAAACACGUUUCACCGCCAAAAUUGCUUCCGGG